AUGGUCCUCCUACUACUACUCCGAAAUUCACCAUGGGAGCUUAUAACUCAUCGGACUUCAGUGCGGCGUUUUGCUGGUAGGGUUAAUAAGAAAUACCAGAAGGUGAAAAAGAAGGCCCCGCGUUAUAUCAAACCGGAGGUCUGUCGCCAAGAUGGCGAUUUCCCAGUGAUGCCGACCAAAGGCUUGGCGUUGGGCUCAUCUAUAAGGGAGCUAGAUGAGGUUGCUAGAAACGAGGGGUAUCGAGAUGAAGAUACUGUACCGGCCCUACAGGAUAGACAGUUGAAGCCUCAUUAUUACCGACCGAAGGCAGUGGAACGUCGAGGGAAGAGCCCUCUAGUGCAUGCUCAAGAAGCAAAAGGUACAGUAGCGCCACGAAUACCCAAGUUAAGGCGAUUGCCGAAUCCUUUCGAGCCGCUGCAAAAAAAUCCUAAAGGAUGGAGUGCAGAUUAUUACGCAAAGUACUUUAAGGAUCGGGAAAGAGGCUUGGAUGGUAACAAGAAUCUGGUGAACAAGAUAAUAGCUGAGGACGAAUAUCUAUGA